AUGACAGCUUCAGGAACAGUGGCUCUCUUCUCACCAGGGCAGCAUGGGCACCUGAUACCCUAUCUGGCAGCCAUUCACGCCUCCUGUAUCACUCACGACCGAACUAUCGCAGAAUUCCUCCCGCCCCUAUCUCACGAGAAACUCCUUGCUUGGUGGAAAGAGCGAAUUGCAGAGGUGGCAGACGGCAAACGCCUCAUAUUCAUUCUCCUGAACGACUGCGAGCCCGGAGCUCGACCGAACGGCUCCGAUGUGGUGGGCGUUGUCAUGUUAAACAUGCCCUCUUCAGAAACUGGCCCUUUCCGCGGUGUUGUUGAGAAGCUUCUUGUCCACAAAGCUUUUCGCGGUCGAGGAGGUGCCAGAACCUUGAUUUCUGCUCUCGAAGCUGAAGCAACCAAGCGUGGUCGAACUAUUCUACUUCUCGACACAGAGACGGGGAGCCCAGCAGAAGAGGUGUAUAAAAAGCUUGGUUAUGUCGAGCUUGGCCAGAUCCCAAAAUAUGGUCUAAGUCCAAAUGGAGAACUUAAGGGCGGUACCUUCUUUUGGAAACAUCUGACGUUGCAAUCCUAA